AUGAAUCUGUCUGAUCAAAUAUCACCUGGCAUAAACCAGGUUGUAUCAUUGGUAUCAAAUAUCAGGACUUCUGGUAAAGAGGGUGGUGAAAAUGAAGCAUUGGUAGCAGAACUUCAGAAGUUGGAAACUAGUCUAAACAUUGAUAAAAAUGCUAAAUCUAUAGCUGAACUGAAUGAUUUGAUGCUAGGAUUAUCAUUGCAAUUGACUAAAAUAGUCUCUGAUAAUCAAACUAAGAACACCAAUAUGGGUGGUUCAGAUAACUUACACUUGAGUAUUUCUGGAAAUCCCUCUGAGGAAGAUAAAAUCACUGAUGAAAAUAAGGUGAGGUUCGUUGCACUUCAUUUGGAGGGUAAGGCUUUGUUGUGGCAUCAAAAUUACAUGAAUAGCAGGGAAAACGUGAUGCCUACUUGGAAUCAGUAUGUACUUGAUAUUACUGCUAGAUUUGGGGAUCUCUUUGAUGAUCCCAUGGCUGAUCUGAAGGCUUUAAAGCAGGCAGCAGGGGUACAGGAGUACCAUGACACCUUUGAUGCAUUAUCCAGCAGGCUGAAUCUGGCUGAGAAACAUUUGCUGAGCUGCUAUUUAGGAGGGUUGGAGAUGAAAUUCAGAUGGCAGUCAGGAUUUUCUCAUCUGCUACCAUACAGCAGGCUUUCAGUCUUGCCAAGUUGCAAGAAGCACCUACCAAGGUGUAAGGGAAGGAGGCCACAACUGUAUCAUGUGGAAGUGGAGGAAGGAAGUGAGGAAGAAACUAGGGAAAUAGAAGCUGAGGAGGAGGAAUCACAGUUUGCACAUAUUUCAUUGCAAGCUAUGGAAGGAAUAGUCAGGUUCCAGACUAUGAGAGUAGUAGGACAACAUAACAAGAGGGGCCUACACAUACUUUUAGAUAGUGGAAGUACCCAUAAUUUCUUAGAUCUUCACAAAGCUCUCAAACUGAAAUGUCAGGUGGAGCAAAUCUCACCCAUAUGGGUUAAGGUAGCAGAUGGAGGAAGGAUCAAAUGUGAUUCAAUGAUUCGAUCAUUUCCUUGGAGGAUGCAUGGGGCAGAAUUCAUGGCUGAUGUGAUGUUACUACCCUUGAGUGGUAGUGACAUGGUACUAGGAGUGUAG